AUGUCGAACUUUUUACAUUCGUCGCCGUCAAGGCAGACCAUAGACCCGCUCAUAUACUCUUUCCCAGACUCGGAGUCCAACUCUAAUACUUCUAAAUCUAAAAAGAAGAAUUCCAAAGGCAAAGAUACCCCUACCUCUUCCAAGACCAACAACGCCAAUCAAACUUCCAUUCAGAACGUCAUUCCAUCUUCAGUCCCCCCAUCUGCCCAAAAGUUCUAUUCUGGUGGCAUACCCACUGGUAUAACUGGAUGGACUCCCUUAAUAUCUAAAACAAUAUUCAACGACCAGUUGAUUUCAUAUUCACCAAACUCCAAGUGGGCGGGAAUACAAGUAGGGAGCAGCGGCAAUCUCAAUAUCAAUAGUAACGUCAAUGGUAUGGGUAAUGAUGACUUCCAAGGACUCAGUUUGACUCCAUUUUUAAACCAUAAUUUACAAACUGGAUUUGGCGGUGGAAGUGCAGGAGGCAGCUUGAACCAAAUGACUCCAUUUCACGAUAAAUCCCUUCACUUGGCAGAUUUUUUCAUGGACUCUCCGAUCAGACAGACGCCAUUAAAGGAUUUGGACACCAUUACCCCAUCCAAAUUUAAGAUCCGUAGCUCAGAGAAAAGUUCCGUCAGGAAAUUAAUAUUUCAAGACUCACGCAGUAGCUCUGGGAAUAAUAACAAUAACAGUAGCAGCAGCAAAGUUAAAAGAUCAAUUACUCAGGUUGAUACUCCUCCUAGACAGCCGUAUAAGUUAUCCAACCUCUCAAUUAGCGCCAAUGCUGAAAAUGAAGAUGGUGGAGAAGGUGAUGACGAAGACGAAGAUGAUGAAGACGAUGACGAUGAAAAUGAUCAAAAUGAAGAAGAGGAAGACGAGGAGGAUGACGACAAACCAACAGCAUUAAGAGAAAUCAAGCAAUCUUACCUCAACCAGCAAACACCAUCUAAGAGCAAGCUUACAUCAUCAAGCACGAGUAAAAAUAAUAACAACUUUCUUACCCCACACAAACCAAUAUCUGCAUCAUCACCUUCUACAGUCAUAAUGUCCAGCGCAUCGAAGUCCCCUAGUGGAGACCGUGGUGUAGACUUGAUUCCACCCAGCCCAACUCCAAAGAAGGAUAGCACUGGUGAUUCUGUACAUACUGCUCCACUCUGCAAGCAAAUUAUUGAUGGAGAUGAUUUCAAACCAGCUAUGGGUGUAUUCUCUGGGUCCAAAAAGCUCCCUCAACAGAAACCUAAAUCUCUCAACAGAGGAGUUUCGAGUUCGGGCCCGCUUUCUUCUACUGGUCCGGAUGGAAAGAAGAGCCAAAACAAAGCACAGAUGCAAGCUGGAAUGAAUAAGUUUCAAAUUGUGUUUACAGAUAUGCACACUUUGAUGAAUGGGAAGGGAAAGAAGAAAGAGAAAAAGAAGAAGGACGCAUCUCUUCCACCUCAGCAACAACCCCCCCAACAGCAGCUGCUUGCUGCCCAUCAUCAAUCAGUUGUUCCACCAGCUGCCGAAAUCAGCCUUAUGUCAAUCAAUAACAAUUCUAUGAAUACUUCCCACUUAAACAUGUCAUCCACUGACCACUCAUCUUUUGAAAUGGGGGGCACAUCUUCAACUCCUAAUUCUAAGUAUUUCUUGGACAAGAUGUUUGAAAAGCCAUCUCCUGGACAAAGCAGCAAAAUACAACAAUUGCUUUUGCAACAGCAGUAUCCAUACUAUCCCGUGCCACAGCAAGCGCAGCAUCAGCAACAACAGCAUCAGCAACAGAUGUUUGGAAAUAUGCCUCCACCACAGACUUCAAACAGAUCAAAUCCAUCAACUCAACAGCAUACGCAACAACUUUUGUCGCAACUGCAACAGACUCCAAUGAUGAUGAUGAUGAGUACACCUCAACAUCACAACAUAAUAUCAUACAAUGGUUACGGGUCAAAUAACGAAAAUUCGCCAAAUCUGGAUAGUCAGAAUAACCUGGGUGAUGGUACCCAAUAUAAUUCAUUUUCGUAUCACGCAUUACACACAGCAUAUCCGAAGGACCAAGUGGGGAUUGAAGACCCAACAAUCAUUCAACAGCUGCAACUGCAGCAACAACUGCAAAUUCUGCAGCAAGGUAGCAGAACUAAUUAA